AUGGAAUCAUUUACCAUCACCUCCAAGAAAGUCUUGACCCUUGUCCUCGUUAUCGACAAGGCCAAGCAAAUGGUUCUCCUUGGUUACAAAAAGCGAGGUUUCGGUGCCCAUCUCUGGAACGGUUUCGGAGGAAAGGUCGAGCCUGGCGAGACUACGAGGGAAGGAGCACUCCGCGAACUCGAGGAGGAGGCUGGUAUCACCGUCAAGUCAGAGGAUUUCAAAAAGGCCGGAAUCCUGUUGUUCCAGUUCGAGAACGAUCCCGUUGCGCUCGAGACUCAUGUCUACAAGUCCUACGAAUUUCAAGGUCAAAUCCGCGAAUGCGAAGAAAUGCGCCCUCAGUGGUUCGCAUUCGCCAAUGUCCCAUACGACCAGAUGUGGGAGGAUGACCAGAUCUGGCUCCCCAUGCUUUUGAACGGACAAGACCCCUUCUAUGGAAGAAUAUACCUCAAGCGCAAGCCAGUAGAGGAUAUCCAAGAGGGUGAGACGACUGCCGCGGUAAACACAUCUACUUCGACGCAUGUAAACCACUCUACGACCAUGACCGGAACUUCGUUCACUACGGCUCAGCCUAAGAGCGGUCCUUUUGCCAUGUGGGACUAUCAACUCGUGCAUAGUCUCCAGGGCGUCCCCCACGAGAUCGCCUUGGACGGCACCAUUGCUUCCUUUGAAAACUAG